AAUCAGAAUGAUCCACGAAAACUGUCUGUGUACAUCCAGGGCAACGAGACAUCACCGGGCACGGGCAGCAUCCGGAGAACGUCGGAACUUUAUAUGGAGGCGGUGUAGAGCGCGUCUACGUAAAGGCUUGUGCGUCUUGCUAACGACAGAGGUGAAUGACUGUAGACAAUGUUGCAGGCAAGCUGCGAGCUCCACGGAAAGAUGUUGAGUGUUUUAGGUUUUCUUCUGUUAGUCACUGGGGUGAAUUGUAUGUAUGCGGCCAAUUCGGCCGUCAUUGAUCUUAGGCCAAAUAAUUUUGAUAACUUAGUACUCAAUAGCGAUCAUAUCUGGGUGGUUGAAUUUUAUGCGCCAUGGUGUGGGCACUGCCAACAGCUGAUGCCAGAGUAUGACAAAGCUGCCACUGCGCUAAAGGGUGUAGCAAAAGUCGGUGCUGUAAAUGCCGAUGAGCACAAGUCCCUUGGAGCUAAGUAUGGUGUACGUGGUUUUCCAACCAUUAAGAUCUUUGGACUUGACAGCAAACCAGAGGAUUACAAUGGUCAGAGAACUGCAGCUGGUAUCGUUGAUGCUGCAUUGAAUGCUGUCAGUCAGAAAGUCAGAAGAACUUUAGGUGGUAAAAAGACAGGAGGUGAUUCCAAGAGCAAAAGUUCCAAGGAUGUAAUAGAGUUGACAGAUGAGAACUUUGAAAAAAUGGUUUUGAAUUCAGAAGAUAUGUGGUUGGUUGAAUUUUAUGCUCCUUGGUGUGGCCACUGCAAAAAUCUCGCACCUGAGUGGGCAACAGCAGCUACAGAACUAAAGGGUAAAGUGAAAUUGGGUGCCCUGGAUGCGACUGUAAACACAUUGAAAGCCAGUCGGUACGAUAUUAAAGGUUAUCCUACUAUCAAGUACUUCUCUCCGGGUAAGAAAGAUGCUGACUCGGUGCAGGAUUACGACGGUGGUCGUACUAGCGGCGAUAUUGUCAACUGGGCUCUCGAAAAACUGUCGGAAAAUAUCCCAGCACCGGAAGUCAUACAAAUUACGUCUGAACAGAGCUUAAAGACUGCUUGUGAGGACAAACCAAUCUGUGUAGUUUCUGUUUUACCAGAUAUCCUGGAUUGCCAGUCUGACUGUAGAAAUGCAUAUUUGAAGACACUGAGUAGCCUUGGUGAUAAGUACAAGAAGAAAAUGUGGGGUUGGGUCUGGUCGGAAGCUAGCGCUCAACCACAUAUCGAGGAGGCAUUAGAGAUCGGAGGUUUCGGUUAUCCAGCAUUAGCGGCAGUUAACAUCAAGAAAAUGAAAUAUUCGUUGCUGAAAGGUAGUUUUUCAUACGAUGGAAUAAACGAAUUUCUGAGAGAUUUGAGUUACGGCAGAGGCGGCACUGCGCCUUUGAAGGAUGCAUUGCCUCGCGUCCUCGAGACGGAGCCUUGGGAUGGCAAAGACGGUGUUCCUCCGCAGGAAGAAGAUGUCGAUCUCAGUGAUGUUAAUUUAGAUGAGAAAGACGAGCUGUAAUUACCGAAAGCCAGUGUAUAAAUUCUUUUUCAAAGCAUUCGCUAUACAAGGUAUACUUUUGUGGCAAAAACUGAUAUUAAGACCAUUAAGUUUCAUUAGCCUGAAAUUAUUUUGUAUUAUACUUUGAACAUUAAUAUCUGUAAAAUUCUAUCAAUUUAUUGAGAAUUUUGCGGUGAAACUUAUGGUUAGAUAGUAAAAAGUAAUCAUCUUAUUUUCAAUAAUCUGUAGAAAAACUUAAUAUCGGUAUGUCAGUAUAGUCAUUUGUCAUUAGUCUGUGUGUCCGAGGUAGGAGUUCUCAGGUGC